GGGGGCGGGGUCUCGGGGCCUACGGCCUGGCUUGGUUGGCAGUCACCCCAAUCUGCCAGGGCGCUGACCAGAGGAGGUGGUGGCAGAGACGGCAGCCCUCGGGGAGAGUCGGCCAUGACGGGAGAAAAGGGAGAGGAGGAUGAGGCGGGCCUGAGCUGGGACCUGGAGGACAUCACCAUGGAGGAGCUGAGUGAGGGGCAGGCGGCCGCCCGCGCCCUGGAGGACGUGCUGGCUUUGAGCUCCCAGGCGCUGCUUAGGGCUGAGGUGGAGGACCUCUACCGGGAGGUCCGCCAGCUGGGACAGGGCCGCUUUGGCCGGGUCCUGCUGGUCACCCACCGACAACGAGGGACCGCCAUGGCCCUCAAGCUUCUCUCCAAGGCCUCCACGACGCGCCAGGGCUUCCUGUACGAGUUCUGUGUGGGGCUGACCCUCGGCUCUCACCCCGGCAUCGUGGCCACCUACGGGAUCGGACUGGAGACCCAGACCUGCUACGGCUUCCUCUCGGAGCCGGCCCUGCACGGGGACCUCAUCGCCCUGAUCCAGCCCAAGAGGGGCCUGCCCGAGGCAGCCGCUCAGCUCUGCGCGCAGCAGCUCUCCUCGGCCUUGGAGCACGUCCAUUCGCGGGGCCUCGUAUACCGAGACCUGAAGCCUGAAAAUGUGUUGGUCUUUGAGCCGGGCUGCCGGCGGGUGAAGCUGACCGACUUCGGGCACACACGGCCCCGGGGGACCCUGCUGCGCUUGGCCGGGCCCCCCAUCCCCUACACCGCGCCCGAGCUCUGCAGCCCCAGCCGCCGGCCUCAGGGGCUGCCCAUCCAGCCCUCGCUGGACGCCUGGGCCCUGGGGGUCCUUCUGUUCUGUCUCCUCACGGGCUACUUCCCCUGGGACCAGCCGCUGGCCGAGGAGGACCCCUUCUACCAGGACUUCCUGGACUGGAGAGCCUCCGGGAGGGCCUGUGACCGCCCCGCCCCUUGGGGCGCCCUGAGCCCCACGGCCGACCGGCUGCUGGGGCUGCUGCUUGAGCCUCAGCCCCGUCUCCGGGGCCCCGUGGGCUCCGUGCGGGCCUUUCUGGGCCAGUGCUGGCAGGAGAGGGCCCAGAGCCCGCAGCUGGCCGGGAAGGGGGAGGAGAGGGAGGAGGAGGAGCAGGAGGAGGGCGCCGAGUGAGGGAGGCGCGGAGGCAGCCCGGGAGCGGCCGGGCCCUCUGUGCUCUUCCUCAGUUUCCCUUCCUCCUGGGUCUGGGUCCGGCCUCCUGUCGGCAAUAAAGCCUCGUUGGUCACUGUCCUGUCUGAGCAGGUGGUCAUGGUGGGGGCGUCUGUGCACCUCGGUGAGGAGGGGGUGUGAGUUAUUGUGAAUGUGUGUGUGUGUGUGAUUGUGACUGUGUGAACAUGUAAAUA